GCGGGGCGGGGCCGAGUGACGCAGAGGCGGCGGCAACAGCUGUGACCCGAACCGGAUUUGAUUCCACUCGCGGUCGCUAACGGCCCCAACCGUCCUCCCUCAAGCUGCCUCCGCCGCCGCCAUCAUGGCGCUCAGCGAUGCUGACGUCCAGAAGCAGAUCAAGCACAUGAUGGCUUUCAUUGAGCAGGAAGCCAAUGAAAAGGCUGAAGAAAUAGAUGCAAAGGCAGAAGAAGAGUUCAACAUUGAGAAGGGUCGCCUUGUUCAGACACAGAGGCUGAAAAUCAUGGAGUAUUAUGAAAAGAAGGAGAAACAAAUUGAACAGCAAAAGAAAAUUCAGAUGUCCAACCUGAUGAAUCAGGCAAGACUGAAGGUCCUCAAGGCAAGGGAUGACCUUAUUGCAGAUUUGCUGAAUGAGGCCAAGCAGAGACUUGCCAAGGUGGUGAAGGAUACUGCCAGGUACCAAACACUGCUGGAUGGACUAGUUCUACAGGGAUUCUACCAGUUGCUUGAGCCCAGAAUAGUUGUUCGGUGCAGGAAACAGGAUCUCUCUAUGGUUAAGACUGCUGUACAGAAGAGCGUUCCCAUCUACAAAAAUGCCACAAAGAGAGAUGUGGAUGUUCGCAUUGACCAAGACAGCUUUCUACCAGAAGACAUUGCUGGAGGUGUUGAAAUCUAUAACAGUGAUGGUAAAAUUAAGGUUUCUAAUACCCUGGAAAGUCGGCUGGAUCUUGUAGCCCAACAGAUGAUGCCAGAAAUCAGAGUGGCGCUUUUUGGUGCUAAUGCCAACAGGAAGUUUUUGGACUAAACCUCUAUGAGAGAAGGUGGGAUCUGUUCCACUGCCAUACUGAAGGGAUGCAAAAGCAUCUGCUAAUUUAAAAUCUUGAAAUGUAACAUUACUUUGUCGUCCAAUAUCUGUUCUUCAAUGGAAUAAUUUUGCAUACCUGCUGUGCUUAGCCUCUCCACUUGUGGUUAGAAUGUAUUGCUCAAAGGAUGUGAAGACAUACAUACUCAUCUGGAAGUGACACUAGAAAGUGGAGGUUUUGGGCUCUUGGCUUUCCUUGCCCUGUUGUGGCGCUGUAAAGACAAGCGGUCCAUUUAGGGUCACUCUCUCUGCUUUGGCCACAUCUCUCUCAAGUUGUCUAAUCUGUGAAGUAAAUUGCUAUGCUGCCCAUGAGAAAUCCCUUUCCGAUUAAAGUCUUCAGUGUUAUAGUGGAUGGGCGUUCCUUCCCAGGAUUAAUAGUUUAAUUCAUGUUACUUGGUCAGGCACAGUCUUCUGUUCUGUAUAUGUGAUUUAAAAAAAAAAGAGAGAGAGAGAAAGCCUGAGCCUGUAAAACUUUAUUUAUUAAAAUAAAAACGCGUGUGUGUAUGGAGUCCUUUGUAGCUUCCCUAUGGGUGAUUGGCAGCAACCUUGAAGAAUGGGCUUGUGUGUAUAAGGACUUGCUACUUGUGGGUUUUGUGUACAAACUGUUCUGUGAAGGUAGAAUUCAAGUGGAUAGAGUACUAUCACUGCUAUUUGCUUGAGUGGUUUUGGAAUUUAGGUUAGCCCUUUGAGUAAGGGACUCUAGGAUGAACUUCAUUCUUGCUUAAAAUGAGUAGGCAGCUUUGCUAUUUAAUCCCUCAAUCAUCUUUCAUAAAACAGAAUUAAAGUAAUGUAGCUUUACUACUUAAAAUGUUGUUGUUGUAUUUCCAUUGUAAAUUCAUUGCUUCUGGGUAGGAGAUCCAAACCAUGCUGUUUUAGCAAUUGCGUUUUAGGAUUUGAGGAGCAACAGCUGCCUCUGUUGCAGCUAUUCUCUUGUUGCAGCCAUUCUCUUUUAUCGUUAACCUUUAACACCUUAAAGUUUAAGUAACACAUCCAUCUUCACCACCUAAUCUGUUAAGAUUUACAGACACUUACUCCUCCUUUUCUCCUGAAGUGUGACAAGUAUUGUCUCUACCUUACAUGGCAUAGGAAUGAGAAACUCUUGAGGUGACUUUCUGCAGUGCAACUCACUGCCAGAAUACCUGAAGCUUCACCUAGUGCUCAACUUUAAAAAUUUUUUUCACGGAAGUAUGAAACUGCUCAGAUGAAUUAGUGCUUGAGCAUGUUUUAUAGUCAUGGUCUCGAAGUAGUACACUGAUUCAGGAAGAGCUGGAAUUUUACAUUGUUCCCUGAAGAAUACUUGCCACUUACUACAAUACUUGUUACUUGUAGCAACACUGCAUUAUGCAGUGUUUUUAACCUGAGGCCCUUUCUUCUCAAGCUGAGGUGAAUGCCCCUUUACUCUAAAUGUUAGAUACACCUUUCACUGGCUCCUCUGUCUAAAAUGGAGAUUAACUGCCAAGAAAAUCCUAAAUCCCAAGUAAUUUAAUCUCUGUUUCUAAAAGAAAUGCUUUCAGUUCCCUCUUACAAAAUAAGAAUGUUUAACAAGUGUGUCUUUUUUGUCUUUUAACUGCUCUUCACUUUUGUAUUUUGGUAUUCAUUUCUUGCUUUCUACAUAGAUAGUAUGGUAUUUAUUCUUUCAGUAUUUUGCUUUUCCAUGGAUUGUCUUAUGACUGGGCAAGAAGUGUAUCAGAUUAAGGUUCUACUCAUUCUAGACUUGAAAUUACCAUUACAGCCUCCAUCAUUGCAACUGUCAGUGAUCUAGCUUCCUGACUAUACACCGGACUCUGGUUUUGUGACACACCUGCAGAGAAGGAAAAGUCUUCACGUUUGCAUGUUUAUUUGUGUUGUUUCUUGGAUUAAAUAGUGCUUUUUGGA